CGGACCCGACCCGCGUCGCGCACCUGGAAAUGGUGGGUGAGUCUCCCAACGGGGGCUGCUGCAUACACAAGGACUCGAACUCGAGACCUUGCUUAAGCUGGAACAAGCCGCUUACCACUUGAUCCAACCCCUCGUUGGUGGUGCGACGAUGCAGGGAGGACCAUCCGGUAUCGGCUACGGUCUCAAGUAUCAGGCAGACACAGAUCACACCAGCUUCAUCACCGGAACUCUCAGCCUCAAAGAAGACAACGAGGUGCAUUUGAUUCGGUUCUCUUCCGACCGAACGGAGCUCAAAUGUGAGGGCUUGUUUUCGCAUCCUAAUGAGAUCUGGGAUCUCGUUUCGUGCCCCUUUGAUCAACGCAUGUUGUCCACUGUUUUCUUUACUGCUUCGUUAGAUCUUUAACUGCUAGAAACAGCAAAAUGGAUGCAAAACUUCACUUAGUAUGUCAUUGGAUCUUUUUAUAGACUUUCUGUCGAAACUAUGCUGUUGCUUUGUAUUGGAAUAUGUGGAAUCCAGUUUUGUAACUCAAUUCCAUGAUUUCCGUCCUAUAAUUCCAUCU